AUAUUACUUCAGCUCGUGUUUUUUUGUCCAAACAACAAUGUUGGUGAAACGACAAAUUGUUUCAUGAUAACUGUGUGAUGACCAAUCGAUGACAGAGGUAAUUACUACAAUAUUGCAAAACAAAUAACUGUAGUGGAAAUAUAAAUUAAGUUUGUGAAUAGGGUAAAAUUUAAUGAUCGAUUUAGGACUGAAAGUCAGUUGUGAAGAGGUGAUAUUGAAAAGGACUUCGAUGGCUACCAUGCCUUGUAAUAUAAUUGAAGAUUUAUCUUCGUAGGAAUAGAAUAUAUUUUGUAAAGUUUAUGAAAUUUAAUAGUACGCAAGUUGGGAAAACUAAAGAUAAAUUAUUGAUAACAAAUACAGUGAAACAUUUGUUGAAUUCAAAUGAAAUGUCAACUAAUUAAUGUUGGCGUUGGCCAGCUAUGAACAGCUAAAUUAGGCUGUUUUCUUGGAGGUUUAAAGGUCGUAUCGGUUUGGAAAUACAGACAACGACAGUUCAUUGCAUAAGGUGCUGUGUCAGGCAGAAAAUGUCUAGAGAAGAGCACAGCUUAACAUUACCCACAGAAGAAAAUCAUAGUGCAAAACAACAUUAAAAAAAAAUAAUUAUAUUGAUAUCCAACUAAGAUAUUAAAACUAAAAUUGAUGAUGAAGGAAGCCAUUCGUAAAUUUGGUUUGGAGUACUGUGAGCUACCGGACAUGUUGUCGAAUGUAUCCAUCAUGCUGAGAACCCUGACUCUUAACGUGGACAGCAGAAAUAAGACACCAAUUCUAACUAUAUUCUACAUUUCAAUGGUAAUUAUGAGCAUUGACUACAUCUACGUGUAUGUGCUCUCUGGAGCCUGGUUUUCACUCUGGCACUGUGUCAAGACUGGUGAGCUGGGUCCGGCUAUGAUCGCUUUCUCCCUCAUGAGCACCAGCGCCGUUGCUUUCAUUAAGCUGCUCUAUAUGAUUUUUUAUGAGGCAAAGUUCAAGAAUUUAAUAGACAGAUACAUGGCUUGUGAUUCCCGGACAGUAAAAGACAGUAGGUUUUCAAAAAACUUGACUACAGCUCUCAGGAAUGUGAAGAAGCGAGGGAUUUUUUAUUGGCUGCUACUGAUUAUAAACGCAGUGCUGUAUAUUCUGCGGCCAAUGGUGACCCCUGGGCGACAUUUGACUGUGGAUACAUUUAUAAUUAUUGGUCUGGAGCCGAUGUUCGAGUCUCCAAACUAUGAACUGGCUACUCUAAUGUUCAUGAUUGCUGUGUUCUUCAUUUGUUUCACCGUAGCUAACGUCAACUGCUUCCUUAUCAUGAUCACCGGGUAUACAGAGUCCCAAAUGUUAGCCUUAGCAGAGGAGAUGACUCAUAUCUGGGACGAUGCCAAUGAGUAUUACCAGAUAAUGAUGAAAGAAUUAAGCAGUUAUGGUUCAUUGUACUUGGAUCAUAAGGACUUUAAUCGUGUAAAAGAAAAAGAGGUUCUUAAUGAUUAUGUGACAGAACAUUUGAAAGAUAUCAUACAAAGACAUGCAUUCAACGUGAGCCUUCUAGAAGGGAUCGAAGACGUGAUGAGGGGACCAAAUGCUGUCGGAUUCUUGUUUCUCAUUGUAGGUCUGGUAGCGGAAUUACUUGGUGGAUUAAAUAACACGAUAUUGCAACUUCCAUUUACCUUGUCUCAGAUAGCAACGGACUGCUUUUUGGGCCAGAAAAUAAUGGAUGCGAAUAUAAAAUUUGAACACGCUGUUUACGAUUGUAAAUGGGAGAAUUUCAACCAGGUGAACAAGAAGAUUGUGCUGGUAAUGUUGCAGAAUUCACAGAAGACUAUGACCCUGACAGCUGGUGGGAUGGCGACCUUGAGUUUUAGUUACUUCAUGAACAUCAUCAGGUCGACUUAUUCUGUGUACACUACACUAAGAUCAAAUAUUUAAAAGCUUUGUAGUCAAUAAAGA